GCAGCUGAGAGCUGGUGAGGGCUGGGGGGAGCAGCUUAGUCAGAAACACAAGUGACCGCUAGCUUCAUGUCAACCGUGCAGACAUCACUGAAGUAGCAGCAGCAGCGGAAAUCUUUCUGAAGGAAGGAGGAGAGGGAGCGUGAGGGGGCAGCCGGACGGGAAUAAGGACAUUAUUUUAUCAUAUUUGAACCGAGUAAAUAUUUGUAUCUAUUUGGUUUCACGUAUUUUAAGGACCUCGAAAUCAUCAGCUGGAAGGUUAGCUAGCUGCCGCCAUCUCCUCUCAGUCGGAGCGACCGCCGUGUCUUCCACACCAUGGGGAACGCUGCCACCGCCAAGAAGGGCAACGAGCUAGAGAGCGUGAAAGAGUUUCUAGCAAAAGCCAAAGAAGACUUCUUACGGAAAUGGGAAUGCCCACCGCAGAGCACAACGUGCCUAGAUGACUUUGACAGAUUAAAGACUCUGGGUACUGGCUCAUUUGGAAGAGUCAUGCUGGUGAAACACAAAGGGUCCGAGCAAUACUUUGCCAUGAAAAUACUGGAUAAGCAGAAGGUGGUGAAACUCAAGCAAAUAGAACACACAUUAAAUGAGAAGAGGAUAUUACAAGCAGUGAGCUUCCCCUUUCUCGUCAAACUCGAGUAUGCGUUUAAGGACAACUCCAAUUUGUACAUGGUAAUGGAAUAUGUACCAGGAGGAGAAAUGUUCUCACACUUAAGACGAAUCGGAAGGUUCAGUGAACCACAUGCACGAUUUUAUGCCGCCCAGAUAGUACUGACGUUUGAAUACCUACAUUCGCUAGAUCUCAUUUACAGAGAUCUGAAACCUGAGAAUCUUCUCAUUGACCACCAUGGCUACAUUCAGGUGACAGACUUUGGAUUUGCCAAACGUGUAAAAGGCAGAACCUGGACGUUGUGCGGUACACCAGAGUACCUGGCACCUGAAAUCAUUCUCAGCAAAGGCUAUAACAAAGCUGUGGACUGGUGGGCUCUCGGAGUCCUCAUCUAUGAAAUGGCAGCUGGCUACCCUCCUUUCUUUGCAGAUCAACCGAUCCAAAUCUACGAGAAGAUUGUGUCAGGAAAGGUACGAUUCCCCUCCCACUUCAGCUCCGAUUUGAAGGACCUGUUGAGAAACCUCCUGCAGGUGGAUCUGACCAAACGCUAUGGCAACCUAAAGAAUGGAGUCAACGACAUCAAGGGCCACAAAUGGUUCGCCACCACAGACUGGAUCGCCAUCUAUGAGCGAAAGGUUGAAGCUCCAUUCAUACCAAAGUGCAGAGGCCCUGGGGACACCAGCAACUUUGAUGACUACGAGGAGGAGGAAAUCCGUGUUUCUUUAACAGAAAAAUGUGCGAAGGAGUUUGCCGAGUUUUAGGACGUGAGAACAUGGAUAUAUCAGGGAAAAUAUGGGGUUCUUUGCACUCUUUAAAAGACUUGGGAUGGAGCAGAGACCAUCUUUUUCAGAUCUACUACAUAGUCCCUUCAUUCCACAAGGCUGAAUGAGGUCGCCAUGAUCCUUGGGUGCCGAUAACCUCUCACUGUUGCAUACACCUGCGUAUUAAAGCGGACACAUCACUUUUCUCUUUCUGUUUUUUACUUUUCUUUUCUUUUUUCUUUGAAGGCAGUCUAGUCUUGGGUGUUUUUGUCCCCAAUUAAAAUGUGAUAUUUUUCAGUUUAUGAGGAGAAACUGAGACAAUGGCCAAUAACAAUCCACACACUGUAACUGACUUGUCUGCAGCAAUUUGAGACACAGUUGAGCGGGUUGUUUAUUUUCCCUCAUAUCAUAAGCAGUGUAUAUUUGAAGUCCACAUCACAUUAGUUCUAGCCAGCAUACAAAGGUAGAUUUUUGUCCUAUGUGCAUAUCUGUCAGUUUUUAAAGGCAUUUAAACACAAUUGAGUGUUUAAAGCAUGACCAAAUAGACAACUCUGGGUGACACAAAAAGAGAGGUCCUUUCCUUUCUUUGCUUUUUGCCUUAGAGAGCCAAGUCCUCAGAUCCCCACAAAAGCAUCCAUUGACUGUCUUUUUGGUAUUCUGACCCAGGCACAGGAAGCCAUUGCGAAUAAUGACAAACCUUGCAUUAAAAAAAAAAAUGCAAAAUCACUUUUGUUUGAUCCAUUUGGGUCUGUUAGUUACAUGUAAAAUUUGUCAUUUGCUAUAUUACUGUUUUGUUUUUUUCUUUGUUUUUUGUUACUGUGUUUAACAUUUUAGUCAUUUUGUCCCUAGAUUUCAGGUCUGCUUAGGACCCUUUGUCUGUGGAACAAUGUGACUCCAGUAAAGGGAAAGGAGACUUGAAAUCUUUUUCAGGAUUUUUAUUGCGUGUUUUGUAAAGUUGCAAAGAUCAUUGUGAAUAGUGUUGGGGCUUUGCACCUUAACAUAGUCAAAUAAAAUCAGAAUUUAUAAUUUACCAAAUGGAGGAGGCUCUAACCUUUAAAGGCUGGAAGGCAAAACAGUAUAUUUACCAUGUUUUCCCUUUUAUCACCCCAUUAAAAUUUUUGUUUCAUUCUUGUCAAAGAAUGUAGAUUUUCAACUUCUAGUUAUGCAUAUUUAAAAGCUUGAUUUUUGAAGUACAUUUUCCUCACAAUGCACUGGCUGAACUAAAGACUGCUCCUUUGUAUCACAUGUAAUCCUGUUAUUGUUAAGCUCAUUACAUUAUACGUAUAUGCAUUGUUUCAUAUAUGUUUUAUUUAUACACAUUAGAGAUGCUAAUAAAUUUUAUUUUUAAAAGUG